AUGGGCGAUUACGACACGGUCAUUCUCGAUAUCGAAGGCACCAUUACUCCCAUUACCUUUGUCAAGAACACCUUGUUUCCGUUUGUCACCAAUGGCCUUGACGCGUUCCUUGAACGUACCUGGGGAUCUCAAGAUCUGAAUCAAUACAUUUCCCUGUUGCGUGAACAAGCAGCCAAAGAUGUCGAAAACAAGUUGCCAGGGGCCGUAGUUAUUCCCAUGGAAGGAGAUGAUGAUAUCAAGAAGGCUGUCAAACAAAACAUCGAAUGGCAAAUGGCAGCUGACCGCAAGAUUGGAGCACUCAAGGCAUUCCAGGGUUUUAUGUGGAAGGAAGGCUAUGCUAGUGGUGAGCUCAAAGGCGAGGUAUACGAUGAUGUGGUGCCUCGUUUGAAUCAAUGGCGUGAUGCUGGCAAAAAGAUUUGUAUUUAUUCCUCGGGCAGUGUCCCUGCACAAAAGUUAUUGGUGGGCUAUUCUGACAAGGGUGACUUGAUGCCGUAUUUUUCUGGUUACUUUGAUACAUCGGUUGGUCUCAAGGUGGAAGCAUCCUCGUAUACCCGUAUUGCAAAGAAGAUCAAUCAAGAACCUGCAAGAAUCUUGUUCGUCAGUGACAACAUUAAAGAAAUCCAAGCUGCUAAGGAAGCUGGUUAUCAAGUUGUCAUUUCGGAUCGUCCUGGUAAUGCUCCUUUGGGUCCUGAAAGCAAAGAAUUCAAGAUCAUCACCUCAUUUGAUCAAAUCGCGUAG